CGUCCACUGACACGACCCUGUCCAUGGCGCCACCGUCCAACUUGCACCACUAUCUCGGCGCCCUCCUCGUGGCCAAGGACGGCGCCGACGUCACGUUCCAGGUCGCCGGCGAGACGUUCAGCGCGCACAGGUGUAUCCUGGCGGCUCGGUCGCCGGUCUUCAAGGCACAGCUCUUCGGCGCCAUGAGAGAGAGCAUCGGCACAGGGGUUUGCGUACGGAUUGAUGAUAUCGAGCCCCAGGCGUUCGGUGCCUUGCUGCAUUUCAUUUACACUGAUGCACUGCCGGACAUGACUGGGCAAGAAGAGGCUCUCAUGGCUCAACAUUUGUUGGAAGCGGCAGACAGGUACGCCUUGCAGAGGCUCAAGAUGAUUUGUGAGGAAAAAUUAUGCGGGUGCUUAGACAUGAACACAGUUGCAAACACGUUGGUGCUGGCUGAACAGCAUUGCUGUGACAGGCUUAAGGUGGCUUGCAUUCAGUUCCUUAAAUCUACUCAAUCCCUGGAAGCGGUCAUGGCAACCAGUGGCUUUGAGCAUCUGAUCAGAAGCUUCCCUGCUCUUUUGAGGGAGUUAAUCUCCGAACUCGCUGCCCGCUGAGACAUGAU